AUGAAGGGACCCUCACGGAUCACUCUGACCACCGGGCUUGCUGCUGCUCUGGCGGCGGCGGCGGCACUAGCACCGAGACGGGUUGUCAUGGAGGGAGAGGCUUUCGAGAAUUUCAAGUUCAGCCUUCCCGUCAAUAUCUGGUGCGGUACUCGGGGCUUUGGCGCCGGCUGGCUCGAGAAGGAUUUUGAGCCUUUUCGAAUUGACGCCAGGGACCGUGGAGCCAGUCGUUGCUCGGGGUUAUUGCUCCAGGAUCCUAUGGUGGCCGUCAUGGUUAACAUGGUGAAAGUCACUGCAGAUGGUAUGCAUUGUUCUGACAUUGAGUCUGUUGUUGUCCGCGACGGACGGCCCAGCCAGCUGGGACUCUGGGACUCUGGGAGUCCGGGACUCCCCAUCCAUCCUCCGGUCAACCUUUUCCAAGCAUCGAAGCUCAACCAAGCCGCCUUCAUCACGGUACGGUACUACUCUACCGAGCACUUCCACUUGUUGUACCUACUGUACUGGGGGAUGCACGAUCCAGCGGACGACAGUAGGGGCAAGGUCAUGCAUUCUUGGCACAGGAUUCGCGCACUGGGCGCGUACUUGGGUAUGAGGGUUAUACGGGUUAUACGGGUUAGGAGGGUUAGGAGGGUUAGGAGGGUUAGGAGGGUUAGGAGGGUUAGGAGGGUUAGGAGGGUUAGGAGGGUUAGGAGGGUUAGGAGGGUUAGGAGGGUUAGAAGGGUUAGGAGGGUUAGGAAGGCUAGGAGGACGGGUCAGAAGGGUCAGAAGGGUCAGAAGGGUCAGAAGGGUCAGAAGGGUUCUAAGGGUCAUAAGGGUCUGAAGGGUCAGAAGGGUUAUAAGGGUUAUAAAGGUCAUAAGGGUCAUAAGAGUUACAAAGGUCAUAAGGGUUAG